AUGCUGCAUGCGUUCGAUGCGUCCAAGCGCGAGUCGCUCCAGAAGCUCCAAGAUGCGAUCGACAAGUCGCCCAAGGGCAGCAUCGAUGCGCCGAUCGUCGACAUGAUUGAAGCCGUGAACGGCCACCCCAACUACGUACGCUACCUCCAGCAGUUGCUCGGGCCGCAUCGCUGCUUUUGCGGCGUCGCCGAAGACGGCGCCGACCACUUGAUUACGAAAGGCGGCAAGUGGCUCGUGAGCUCGCACGCGCCUGUCUCGUACGACGAGCUGCACGCGGCCGUGCUCGCGGACCCGUCCCAGCUCAAUGGCAUGGUCAUCUUCAAGCACGAGCCGUUCAUUAUGCACGUGCAAUGCCGCGACGAAGAGGCGGCCAAAGCCAUGCUCCAGUGCGGUCUCGCCUGCGGCUUUCGCGAGUCGGGCGUCGUCCUUGGCAACAAGCGAACGAUGGUCGCGAUCCGAACGACAGCCAACUCGAUGGAAAUCCCGAUUGCGCUCAACGGGAAGCUCAUGGUCGACGACGAGUACCUGCGCUGGAUCCUUGCGAUCGCCAACGAAAAGUUCAAGGCCAACGUUUGCAAGACCCAGCGCUUCAUGGCCGAGCUCUCGACGUCGCUCUUUGCACCGCCGCGCACGCAACUUGUGGCGAUUUCUGCAACGCGCGCUGCGAUCGAGGUGCCCCGCGCCGGCCACACGAGCGUCCUCCACAAGGGCCGCGUCUACUUGCUUGGCGGCCAAGGGGCCACAGCCACAGGCACCUCGCGUUUGAGCGACGUUGUUGUUAUCGACGCCGCCACCAAGGCCAUUCUGCAGACGUGCGAUGUCGCGCCCAUGACAGCGCGCAUGCACCACUCGGCUGUGGUCCACAACGGCGCCAUGCUCGUCUUUGGCGGCCGCGCCAGCCCCGCAAAGGCGCUCAACGAGCUCUGCUCGCUCAACCUCACGACGCUCGAGUGCACAACUGUCGCGGCAACGGGCGCCGUCCCAUCGCCACGCUACGGCCACGCUGCUGUCCUCGUCGGCAAUCGCAUGGUUGUUCUUGGCGGACGUGAUGCCACGGGUGUCCUCCAUGACGUGUUUGUGCUGGACCUUGGUGUGACGCCGCCGGCGUGGCAAGCGCGUCGGUCCGGACCAAGUAUGUUUCAACACGCGGCUGUGGCCGUCGGUCAGCAGGUCUACUGCUUUGGGGGCCGCGCGACGCCGGAUGCGCUGGAUGAGAUACCGCUCCAGACCCUCCACGUGUACGAUAUCAUCGACGAUACGUGGCGCACCCAAGCCACGACGGGCAAGGUGCUGCCGUGCGCGCGGGCCAGUCUCCAGGCGGUCAACGUCCAGGACCAGCACAUUGUGCUCACAGGCGGGUCGUCGUCGCUCAUGACGUGUCAGCGGGACGUCUUCUCGCUCCACCUCGACCGCAUGAGCUGGCGCCAACACGAGCCGCUCGACGACGGUGCGGUGUUGAGCAGCCACAGCAUGGUCUACGACGAGACGACCGCGUCUUGCCUGGUCACGGGUGGUAGCUGCCAGUGUUUUGGGUUUGGAAGCGUCUACAGCCCCGUUUACGUCUUGGACCUUGAGCUCCAGGUGCAUGUCGAGGCCAGUACGACGAAUGCCAGUAGUGCGACCACAGCGCCUGCGUCCAAGACGCUCGUCAUCGUCGUCGAGAAGGCACUUGUCAAGACUGUCAAGACACGCCUCGAAGCGCUCUCGCUGUACGACAAGAGUCGCCGCAUCACACCCGUGGUCAACGGCCCUGUCGACGGCGCGUGCAUGGUGCCCGUUUACGAUGCGAUCCAGCACCUUGGUCCGGACGACGAGAUUUUGGACAAGCACUUGGCAUAUGUCGUGCCCGAGGCCGCUGCGGCCAAUUGCGUCAUCCCAAUCACCAACGCCGCACCUAUCCGGGUCAAGAAGACGCCGACUGCGCCGUCGGACGCCAAGCCGACUGCGACGCCGUCCAAGAAGAAGAACAAGCACAAGAAAGCGGCGGCGGCACCGAGCACAGACGUCCCGGUGGCAGUUGUUGCGGCAGAGGCCCACGGUGUGCUCGUGCUUAAAGACCACGUCAAGGCGAUCAAGACGCAACUCGAAGCGCUUUGUCUCUACGACAAGAGCCGCCGCAUCCACCCUUCGAAUGAGGAUCCCAACGUGUUUGUGGUCCCCGUCGUGGUUGCCGAGCUGCCGUCGAGCUUGGCGCACUUGCCAGUAGUCGUCGACGCUGAGAAGGCGCGUAAACCUGUGCUCAACCCCAACGUCCUCAUCCACAGCCUACUGCAAGCGCACGCGGCGGCCCACGGCCUUGGCGCGGCGCCGGCCAAGUUUGAGUUCAUCGCCGACAUCCUCGUCUUGCCUAAGAACACAUGUAUGGAGCCUGCGUGGACAGACCAAACGCUUUGGCUCGCUGUCGCCGACGCAGUGCCGACGAUCCGCCGUGUCGCGCGCAAUGCCGACAUCGACCCGAACGACCGCCGCCAGAGCCGCGUGUCACUGCUCUUUGUCCACCCGGCGUUGGCGCCAUCGCCCAACGGCCAAGGCUGGGUCGAGGUGCGCGAGAACGGACUCACGUACGGCUGGGACAUUGAAAAGGUCAUGUUCUCGUCCGGCAACGUCACCGAGAAGGCGCGCAUGGCCCGCAUCGGCUGUGCGAACGAGGUGAUUGUCGACUUGUAUGCGGGCAUUGGCUACUACGUCGUGCCUUUUCUGGUGCACGGCAAGGCCGCGUACGUCCACGCGCUCGAGUGGAACCCGGACUCGGUCGCGUGCCUCAAGCACAACCUCGCACGCAACGGCGUGAGCGACCGCUGCUCCGUCUACUUGGGCGACAACCGGUUGACGGGCCCGACCCUCGGCGCGAUUGCCGAUCGCGUCAACCUCGGUCUCUUGCCGUCGAGCGAGCUCGGGUGGCCUGUCGCCGUCCAGGUGCUCAAGGCCGGCGGCGGCAUGCUGCACGUCCAUGAAAACGUCGCCGUCGAUCACAUGGACGCGUGGAAGCAGCAUGUGCUCACGUCCAUCGAAUCGCUCGCUGCCGCCAUCGGCAAGCACUGGACCGUCGAGCUCCUGCACUUUGAGCGCGUCAAGUCGUAUGCGCCCAAGGUCUUUCACAUCGUGGCCGACAUUCGGUGCGCCACUCCGAGUCUCUAGUCGAUCGCUUCGCAACCCUAACCUCGCUAUUUUGUUGCGAU